UGGCUUGGAAAACAUGGUUACCGAAGCUUCUCUCCUCAAGAGAUCUGAAUACAGUGUUGAAGAUAUCGCUGCAGAAAAGUUACUAGUUCCGCUAGGGAGCUUCUUGUGGCCAGGGACUGUGUCCGGCGAUGGGUACAAAGAAUGUUGAUUGCAUGAUGCAUGUUUUAUUCAGGAAUACUGUGCCUGUCACUCAACGUAGUUUCACGAUUCCAGCUAAAUGACUUUUGUGCCAGUGAUACCGGAGUCCUACAGCCAUGUACUGGCAGAAUUUGAGUCUCUGGAUCCAUUACUUUCAGCCCUGAGGCUGGACUCCAGUCGUCUAAAGUGCAUGAGCAUAGCUGUGUCUCGGAAAUGGCUGGCUUUGGGCAGUUCGGGAGGAGGACUCAAUCUCAUUCAGAAGGAAGGCUGGAAGCACAGGCUUUUUCUUUCACACAGGGAAGGUGCAGUUUCUCAGGUUGCCUGUUGUUUACAUGAUGAUGAUUAUGUUGCUGUAGCUACCAGUCAAGGUCUCGUAGUUAUUUGGGAAUUAAAUCAGGAGCGUCGUGGGAAACCAGAACGAAUUUAUGUGUCUUCAGAACACAAAGGCCGAAAAGUUACAGCUCUCUGUUGGGAUACAGCUAUUCUUAGAGUUUUUGUAGGUGAUCAUUUGGGGAAAGUUUCUGCCAUCAAACUCAACACUUCUAAACAAGUAAAGGCAGCUGCUGCUUUUGUGAUGUUUCCUGUUCAGACAAUAACAACAGUUGACUCCUGUGUUGUCCAGUUAGAUUAUUUGGAUGGAAGACUACUUAUAUCCUCACUUACUCGAUCCUUCUUGUGUGACACUGAGAGAGAAAAAUUUUGGAAAAUCGGAAGCAAGGAAAGAGAUGGAGAAUAUGGAGCUUGUUUCUUCCCUGGAAGAUGUUCUGCAGGCCAGCAACCCCUAAUAUAUUGUGCUCGCCCUGGCUCUAGGAUGUGGGAAGUGAACUUUGAUGGGGAAGUUAUAAGCACACAUCAGUUUAAGAAACUCCUCUCGUCACCACCUCUCCCUGUGAUUACUCUAAGAUCUGAACCUCAGUAUGAUCAUACAGUUGGAUCUUCCCAGUCUUUGUCUUUCCCCAAACUCUUGCACCUUAGUGAGCACUGUGUGGUGACAUGGACAGAAAGAGGAAUUUAUAUUUUCAUUCCUCAGAAUGUUCAAGUUCUUCUUUGGAGUGAAAUCAAAGAUAUUCAGGAUGUGGCCGUCUACAAGAAUGAGCUGUUCUGUUUGCACCUGAAUGGGAAAGUCUCACAUCUUUCUCUGUUAUCUGUGGAACGCUGUGUGGAGCGCCUGCUGAGGAGAGGCCUGUGGAACCUGGCGGCUUGCACCUGCUGUCUUUUCCAAAACUCUAUCAUUGCCAGCAGAGGAAGAAAAUCUUUGACUGUGGAUAAGUUGGAACAUUUGAAAUCUCAGCUGGACCUCACAACCUAUAGUGAUCUGAUUUCUCAACUGGAAGAAUUGAUCUUAAAAUUCGAACCUUUGGAUUCAGCUUGCAGCAGUAGAAGAAGUUCCAUUUCAUCACAUGAAAGUUUCAGCAUCUUGGACUCCGGUAUUUAUCGUAUCAUUAGUAGUAGAAGAAGCAGUCAAUCAGAUGAAGACUCUUGUUCUCUUCACAGCCAAACUCUCUCAGAAGAUGAGAGACUCAAAGAAUUCACCUCACAUCAAGAAGAGGACCAACCGUAUCAGAGUUGGAGCUCACAUGGGAAUGAAGGUGAUAACGACAGUGUUUCUCAUGUUCCCGUGACGUUUGAGACAGAUAAGAAUGAAACAUUCCUUCCCUUCAGCAUUCCAUUACCAUUUCGUUCUCCUUCUCCUCUUGUGUCUCUUCAGGCAGUCAAGGAAAGUGUCUCUAGUUUUGUACGUAAAACUACUGAGAAGAUCGGCACCCUUCAUACAGGCCCUGAUUUGAAAAUAAGACCAGAACCCAGGGGUGAUGAGCAGUUGUGUGAAGAGGAUAUGAGUCCAGUCACUUGCCCAAAAGAAGAAGACACUGAGGAGAAAAAAGAAGUAAUUAGUCAACCUCCAGAAGAGGACAAGUUCCAAGACCUCAAAGUAGCAACAGCAGAAGCAAUGACCAAGCUACAGGACCCACUGGUUUUGUUUGAACCCAAGUCUCUGAGAAUGGUUUUACAGGAGUGGCUUUCGCAGUUAGAAAAAACAUUUGCCAUGAAGGACUUUUCAGGCAUUUCAGAUACUGGUAACUCAUCCAUGGCAUCAAACCAGGAUGUGCUAUUGUUUGAUGAGUCAAAAAAGGGAGUAUUAGAUGAAGAUAAUGAAAAAGAAAAAAGAGACUCUUUAGGCAAUGAAGAAACUGUUGAUCAAAGAACAUGUGAAUCUACAAGUAGUCUGAGGGAGCCCUUGGAUGACCUUUUCCAAGUGUGUUCUCCAUGCAGCAUAGCUAACAGUCUUCAGAAGGAUCUGGCUGAAUUGGCAACGUUGUGUUUGGAAUUGAAUGUAUUGAAUUCUGAGACCAAAAGCACAAGUGGACAUGUGGACCACACUUUGCAACAGUACUCUCCUGAUAUUCUGGCUUGUCAGUUCAUAAAGAAGUACUUUUUUAUCCUGGACUUGAAAAGAGCAAAGGAGAGUAUCAAGCUUAGUUACGCUAAAAGUCCUUGUGUUUGGGAUACUUUUAUUGAAGGAUUGAAAGAAAUGGCAAGUUCCAGUCCUGCGUAUAUGGAGAUAAAGGAAGGAGACCUACCAACAAGAUUAAAGUUAGUGAAUGACUCAGUCCCCUUUGACAGUCCUUUGUUGAUUGCUUAUGCCGCCAGAUUGUAUGAAACGUUUGGAGAAUCUGCUCUUCGGUCCUUAAUCAGGUUUUACCCAUCUAUUUUGCCUUCGGAUGUCAUGCAACUUUGUCAUCAUCAUCCUGCUCAGUUUUUGGCCUAUUUAGACAGUCUGGUGAAAUCAAGGCCUGAAGAUCAACGGCCAUCUUUCCUUGAGUCCCUUCUACAACCAGAAUCUUUAAGAUUGGAUUGGCUGCUUUCAGCAGUGACCCACGAUGCUCCCCCAAGCACAAGCACUAUGGAUGAUGAAGGAAACCCCAGGCCCCAUUCACACUUGCUUUCCUGGGGUUACAAUCAGCUGCUGCUCCAUCUCAUUAAACUACCUGCAGAUUUUAUAACCAAAGAGAAAAUGGCUGACAUCUGUAGGUCUCAUGGUUUCUGGCCUGGGUAUCUUACUCUUUGUUUGGAGCUGGAGAGAAGAAGAGAGGCCUUCACCAACAUUGUGUGUCUUAACGAUAUGAGCCUGAUGGAAGGGGACAAUGGUUGGAUCCCAGAGACUGUGGAGGAAUGGAAGCUUCUCCUACAUCUCGUACAGAACGAGAGUACAAAGCCAGCCCCCCAGAAGUCACAGAAUGGGAACUUCAGUGAUGGGCCUUCCCCCAUCAAUGUGGAAAAUGUGGCACUUAUGUUAGCUAAGGCCAUGGGCCCAGAUCAGGCCUGGUCAUUGCUACAGGAAUGUGGUUUGACCCUUGAGCUGUCACAGAGGUUUACUAGAACCUGCGAUAUCCUAAGGAUUGCGGAGAAAAGACAGAGAGCCUUGAUACAAAGCAUGCUUGAAAAAUGUGAUCGGUUUCUCUGGUCUCAGCAGGCCUAGUGGAAGAAGAUUCAUCACAAUGUCAUAAUAUUUUGAGAAAAACUGAGUCAUGCUCCUGAGCCUCCUGAACACAUUUGCUGUGGAAGGAAAGGUACCGCCUCAAAACCCUGCCACCUUCCUGGGAAUACUUUUGUCAGUGUCCAUAACUUCUGUAUCUGUGGCUCUGUGAACUCAGUGUUUGUCAACCAGGGUUGAAUUGUGAAAGGAAUCAGUCCUUGUUUGCUGAAUCGAAGUGUCCUGGAGUCAGAAUGUGAAAGUUCACAGCUGAAUUACAGUAGUAUUUUCCCCUUGCUAGUGAAUCGGAAUUAUUUUCCUAUUGUGACUCUUCAUGUAGGAACAGAAGUUUCUCAUCCUGCUUAUAAUGAAGACAGAUAAAGUCAUUGGCAGGAGUUGAAUUUUUUUUAUAUCUUACCUGGGAUAGUUGAGAAAUUUAUUGACAUAAGACUGGGCAUAACGGAAUUAACACAUAAAAUACAUGAAACACUGAAGAUUCAGAUUAGAUAUUUACAUGAAAUGGCCCCAUAUUUAAAUUGAGCUAAUUUAAAAUAUAUUUUUCUCCAAUAUUUGACAUUUUCUAAUCUGAACAUAUAUACAAAUGACUAAUUUAUUACCAGAAAUGUUUUAUCUCUAAUCUUUCCUAAACAGUGGUCCAAAGGAAUCAUGCACCUUUAAAAAUUAUUUUUUUUAAAGCCAUAAUAAAGGAAAGCUUAAGUACUAACAAAGACUGCAGCGAGCACUUGUGUCAUUGAAGCCAUGCACUAGAAUGCCUCCAUCAAGCUCCUGUAUGUUUGCAUAGCAUGUUACAUUAAUGAUACAUGUAAAAUCUGGUUAAGUUUUUAUUUGAAUAGAAUACGGACAUGAGGUUUAUUGUGAGCAAUUUGCAGGAAGGUGUUGGAGUAAGCUCAACGUGGAGUAAGAAAAGUGUUGGAUACUUUGAAUGAUUCGCUCCUUUUUUUCAUUCAGAACACAGCCAAAGAACUAUAGACAGAAAUUGCUGUCAUGCUUCCAUAUGAUAUUCAGAUAUCAUGUAACCAGAUGGGUUGAAGACAUUAUCAGAGAAAGGAGGCUUCACAAAGUUUCUUAGAGUUUUGGGAAGCUUGGAAAACCUAACAAUUGUGGUCUACAGUGGGGGUGGGGGUGGAGUGUGUGUGUGUGUGUGUGUGUGUGUGUGUGUGUGUGUGUGGUGUUUCCCCUUACCAAACAAUUUCCUGACACCAGUUGGGUGUCCUACAAUGCAACCCAAUUCUGACACUAUUGACCCAAAGGCAGCAUCAGAUCCCACAGGUAAAGGGCUCAGUCCCAAAAAACUCUCCUCCACUUAGACACUAAUUCCAAGUCCAGGUUGUUAACUAUACUUCUGACCAAGAAGAAACAUUUUAUUAACUAGAUUGCCAACUUCUUAUAAAAGGAUGUAAUUUAGGAACAGCCAGAUAGAAGACACAUGUAGGGCAGGGUACGGGGAAAAGCAUAAGGAGCUUCCAUGUCUGCUCUGAGCGCCACCUUCUCCAAAUCUUUAUGUGUUCCCAAUCUAGAAGCUCUCUGAAUCAAGUUCUCUGCCGUUUUUUUAUACCUUCAUUACAGGGGCGUGAUUAAUUAAAUCAUUUGUUGUUAGCUAUUGAACUCAAUGUCCAGUCCCUUUCCCUUCCUGAGGUCAGGGGUGGGGCUUGGGGGAUGAGACUGAAAGUACAAGACACCUCUAUGGCACUCAUCACUUGGGAAAUUCUAAGGGCUUUAGGAGCUCUGUGCCAGAAAAGGGAGGAAGACCAAAUAUAUAUUUCUUACUAUAAGUCACAAUAUCAUACCUUCCCACUAGCGUUAGCUGGAUUUUGGCUGUAUUGGAUUAUGUUGAAUGUGAGUCUAUACUAAGGUAAAGAGCAAGAACCCUCCCUUCACUGUCUCUCAGCUUUUGUCAUUACAUAAUGACAUACUGUCCACAAGAGAACAGAAGAAAUCUCAGGAGACAGCCUGAACUGGCACAGUUGUGCAGUCAUUUCCUAACAGAUUAUUCUAGGGCAUAUUACAGCAAUCCUCAUUUGCCAGAAGGGUACAGAGAAAUUUAUAGCACUAAAAAACAUAAUCGCAUCAUCUGAAUUUAUCUUCCAAAGUAAACCAAGCAACAACAACAAAAGUCCCCUUCAGUUAAACAUUUAAAUUUCAUCAGUCUAGUUGGCUAUUAGGCAGUGUUUUCAAAUACAGCUUGUAUCUUUGACUUCCCUGAAGAUGGCUGGACAGUGAUUCAUGGUUGCCUCAGUUUUAACAGGGCCACAGAUUCGCAUAGUGGCUGGGAGCUUGGGUUCUGAGGCACACUGUCUAGCUUUGAAUGUUGCUGUGUGUCUUUGUAAGUGACCUUGGGAGAGUUACUUUGUUUUUCUGAGUUUCAGUUUUCUCAUCUAUAUUAUGGGGACAGUAGUAGCAGUCACUCAGGAUAGUUUGAGAAUUAACUGAGGUCAUAAAUGUGAAGCACAGAACACAGUGCCUGGCGCAUAGGUUAGAGCCAGCUGUUAGUGACACAUGAGACUGGAGUGCAGGGCAGUAGUGCUUGUGACCAGUGCACGGGUAAUAAAUAUUAGCUGUCAUUUGAAAGGUAUGGAAUAUCCUUUUACUGCUUUUACCCUGUAGUGAUCAGACCCAUGUAAACUGGUUUGUAUGAAUCUGAGAGAGUGAGAAGACCAAAAUUGAAGUUAGUAAUUUCCUUGUAUGUGUUAAAUCUGUCCCCGUUCUGCCCAAGGCUCAAAACCUUGUAGUCAUCCUUGCCUCUCCCGCUCCUCAACCCUCACUUCCAGUCACCAGAUAAAUCCUCUCAAUACUGUGUUGGUGGUGUUCUCCAGAGGUCGUUUUUUUCUCCAGUCUCCGUUGCUGCCCAUCCACAUUCUCGUUACUCCUUGCUUGCCUGAACGCUUGGAGCAGUCUUAGUGACCUUUCUUUCUUCACGUCUAAAGUCUUGCCUUCCCCACUGCCGCCACUCAGUCUCAGCUCCUCAAAGUGUAAGCACCUAGGUAUCACCCAAGUGAGGUGAUUGACAAACUUGCUAUAUGUCAGAGUCACCACAGAAGUGCGUGAAAGAUAACUGAUUUCAGGGAUCCUGGCCCAGACCUGGAGUCUGUACAUCUAGGGUCUAAUUUAAUCCUCAAUUGACCUCCCACCCCCAUAUCAUUCCUAGAUUUAGAUACAGAGUUAUUUAUCCUGGCUUAUAGAUGAACCCCUGUCUUGGUCCCAUGGGAAGUUAAUUAGACAUCCACUGUCAGAAUCCUUGUCCUCUCGAGACAGCCUUAAUCAUGCCUCUUCCCAAUCAGAAACUUUCAGACUCCCCUCUGCUUUCAAAAUAAAACCCAAAUCCUUGAGCCUGUCAUUGAAGGCCCUCCGUGACUUGUUUCCAAACUCCGUUUCUCGGCUCCAGAGUUUGUCCUUCAUCCUGGGUUCUCUGUUUCUUGGAUACGCUCUGCACUUGGACCUCUGGUUGUGCCUCUGCUUAACCUUGACAUGUCCUUUGCUCCAGUCCCCACCUGCUGAAACCCACCAGGGUUCUGUGCCUUCCAAGUUCUAUAUGUCAAGUUUGGUUGUUUUAAAAUGUGAUAACAUACAGGUAACUUAAACCUUACCAUCUUAACCAUUUUUGUGGCAGAACAAGGGGCUGAAAUCUCUCCUCCUGCCAGGAAACAGUAACUUCAGAGUGGGUUCAGAGCUUUCCCUACCCUUUCAUUUAGAAGAAACCUGCAUACCACUAAACUUCCUGAAUAACACUACAGAAUUACAACACACGCUGCUGUGUGAGAUGGGGAGUCUGGAGUUUCCAGUCAGCCCUGGUCUAAUGGAUCAGAUACAAACCACAGAAGAAGGCUGGGAAAAUUUCCACUUGAUAAUUCUUUCCAGAGGGCUCAGAGAAGUACUACCUGGCACCACUGUGUCCUCAACAGAGAAUGUUUUCCCAUCUUGCCCAAGUAAUACAUUAUUCCAGCUGGGCGACUCUGAGUCAGUGUGAAUAUUCAAGGUGAUGGUUCCCGCUGGUGAUGUGGCACUGUUACCGGUAGUCAGAGCCUGGGUUUAGUGACAUCGUGUCAGUGGUCUUGAUCCCCCUGUAGCUUUUCCUAAUAAACCGCCUGUCUUUUUAGCAUGAAGCCUGUGUAGUUCUGCAGAGCCCCAUACUUAGCCAGGGCCCUGGGCCUGCUUGAAUGCCCUGCUUUCAUCAUCUUGGAAUUUUUAAUAAUUUCUGAACACAUUUUUAUUUUGCAUUGGGACCCAUUACGUUAAGUAACUGGCCCUGGCUGCCACAGUAGAUCUGAGGUGGGGCCUGAGAUUUUGCAUUUUUUAAAAAAUUUUUUUAAUGUUUAUUUAUUUUUUACAGAGACAGAGCAUGAGUUGGGGAGGGGCAGAGAGAGGGAGACACAGAAUCCGAAGCAGGCUCCAGGCUCCGAGCUGUCAGCACAGAGUCCGACGUGGGGCUCGAAUUCACAGGCCGUGAGACCUGAUCUCACAGAUCGUGACCUGACCUGAAGUCAGAUGCUCAACCGACUGAGCCACCCAGGCACCCCUGAGAUUUUGCAUUUCUAAGGGGAUCCCAGGUGAUGCUUCCUUGAAUCACCCUUUGAGUAGCAAGGCUCAGUCUGAAGUCUGGUAGCAGCCUAGAAGGAAUCUGAAGGACAGUAUGGAUCCAAGGCCCCUGGCAGCUGGAUUACUUGCCACAUUAAGGGAAACGUGAAUUUUUGUAUUCCUUAAGCUUCUGUGUUUUUGUUAUAGUCAGUUAGCCUUACCCUAAUUAGAGGAAGUGAGGUAGAGCCAGUCUCACAACUUGUUGCGUUCUCAGUUUGUUUAGGCUUAAAUAAUUUUGGAGAAAGAGCCUUCUCUGAAGUAUGCCUGGAAACUUGCCUCCAAAUGUGUCAAACACAAGCUCAGGCUCUCUGGUUCCUCCACCAGUGUUGGUGGGUGCCGAUUGGAAUGGCCUUUUUAAUCUUGGAGACUGGAGUUGGAGUUUGAAGUUAGAGGAGAAGAAGAUGAGGCAGUGUGGCCCAGGUUUACCAGAAUUCGGUUUUGAUGUUUGGAGGCAAAUCCUAACCAACAAAAACUUGCUUCUCCUUGUCCUUCAAACCUGUCUCCCGUGGGGACCUUGUGGCUCGUAUAUUCCUUGGAUCCCCUAACCAUAAUGGUCAUUGUAUCACCUUAAUUUUACUCCAACCUCUAACAAACUACUUUUGUUGUAGGAAAACAAAAGUAAGUUAUCUUAACCAAAAUAUGAGGUGGAAUGUAGCAGAUCCAACCCCGUUGCUAAGAAUGUCUCCAUAUCCCUACCAAGCCCCGUAGCACUCAGUCCCUCAAAGAGCACUGUGCUCCAGAUCACAUCCCCCUGGGGUGGCAUCUGGUUUGUGGCAGUACCAGGCUCACGGCUGGUUCAUUCCACAAGUCCGUGGUAGCUUACAUUUCUUUGUCCUUCCUAGUGUCCCUGCCUGUCUCCCUGUCUUGGCUAACCAGCUUCUUUCCCUCUUCUCUCUUUUAUCCUCAACCUAAGAUCCAAUCAAUCCCUUCAUUCAUGAGUGAAUUUACUGUCCAUAUGUUGGAGAUGCCUGUGCUUUUCUUUUUUCUUUCCUUUUUUUCAAUUUUUAUUAGUACAAGCGAGAGGGGGGUAGAGGGAGAGAGAGAGAGAGAAAGAGAGAGAGAGAGAGAGAGAGGCAAUCUUAAGCAGACUCCAUGCUCAGCACAGGUCUUGAUGUGGGGUUCAAUCCCAUGACCCUGGGAUCAUGACCUGAGCCAAAAUCAAAGAGAGUUGGAUACUCUACUGACUCAUUCACCCAGGCACCCUGCUGCGUAUGUUUUUUCCAUGAGCUUUAGAAAAGCACAAGGUUUUGGUAUAUCAGAUAUGGCUUUCGUACUACUUCAGAUCCUCUGGCCCCCUCCUUUUCCUGCAGCCACUUCUACAAUGAUGAUUCCAUCGUUUAUGAGCAUUGAUCCAUUUCAUGCAGGUGCAACCUGCUUUGGGUCUGUUCCACAGCCUUCUGUUCCAUACACUAGGGAAAUCCACAGGGCACUGAGCAUGUGCACAACCAUGGAAUGUAGAAAGGUUAAUAUUCAAGGGGUCACACUUAACCACUGGAGAUGGAAGCCAGUUGAUAGGUGCUUUUCUUUUUGAAUCGUGGUGGAUAGUGCUCAGGUAUCUUUUAUGACAUUCCUCAGAAGUCGCAGUGGGAUUGAGCUCCGGGUAUAAGGCUCUUAAUUAUGGCCUGCUCCGUUAUGCAUCCUUAUGUUGGCCAUGCUCCCUCCUUGGUCUACACCCCAGUCUCUCACUCCUGGUCACUGGAGUUGUUUCCAAGUAAAGUACCAGAGAACCUAGGGGAGGUGGUGGGGGUGAGGACGGCAGGAGGUGAGGGGAUUCUUCUAUUCUUUGAGGCUUUAUCACGUAGACUUAGUCUGUUAUUCAAGUGAAGGAUCCAUUAGGUAAGAAAUAGCAGGCAUCCAGCCAUCAUUGCUGGUUGGAUUGUCUCUCCCCUGACAUGACCUGCUUCCUUAACCUUCCCCCUACUCUGAUGUCCUCAGAUUCCCACAGCUAAGCCCCCUGACUUCCCUACCUGCAGGUACAGCUCAGCUCAUGGCUUGGUGUAGAAAGCACUGAAGGAUCCUCAAUCUCACCUCCAGGCAGCCCUCCAACUACAGCCUGGGGUACCGGGGAGAAUGGCACAUCCGUACUCACUUAAGAGUGAGAGACCGCACGGGCCCAGGGCCCAUCAGAUGGUGCCCCAGAUGCCAAACAGAGUCCAAGUUGUGACACAGCUGGGGCUCUAUAUGUACCCUCACUGCUCACCUGCCCACAGACCCUAGCUGGAUCUUGCCUAGACCAAAAAUGUUUCCAUUUCUCCCCCAGACAAUUAUCUCAGCAGUGGAGGCUUUUAUCUCACUGACCUAUUAACUGUAAAUCCCCAUCAGAGAACUAGGGACUAUUAUUACUUAUUAGUACUGCUCAAGGAAGUAGUGUGGGUGAAGGGAAAAGCCUUAAGCCAGACUGCCUGCAUUCAAAUCCUGGCUUUACCACUCACUAGAUCUGUGAUCUUGAGCAAGGUACUCAGUCUCUCUGUCCCCCAGUGUCCACAUCUGAGAAAUAAUCUACACCUGUAGAGUUGUGGCACAGUGUGGGAAUAGAAUAAGCUCAGUAAAUGAGCCAUUAUGACUAGUGUUAUUAUUCAAUAAUCUUCUGGCCAAUCCCAGUAAUCCUGGUUUUUAUUUUUUAACUGAAAUAUAGUUAACAUUUCACACUAAACAUAGCAAGAGUUUUCCUUUUUUUUUUUUUUUUUUUUGUUUAUUAAAAAAGCGCCAGCAUGCGCGAGCAGGGGAGGGGCAGAGAGAAAGGGAGACAGGAUCCCAAGUGGGCUCUGCGCUGACAGUGGAGAGCCUAAUGUGGGGCUCAAACCAAGAAACCACAAGAUCCUGACCUGAGCCGAAGUUGAACAUUUAACUGACUGAGCCACCCAGGCACCCUUACUUUCUUUUUUCAUGAGAUGAUAAUAGUAUUUUCUAGAAAAUUUCCCUAUGCAUAAGAUAAACAACAGAUUCUUUUGUUGUCUUACCAAGAUAAUAUUAAACAGAAUUAAAAAAAAAAAAACUCUCCUCUGUAACAUGGAUAUUAUCUGAGAAGACUGCAUAGUAUUCCAUCUUAUGUGUGUGAUACACAUUACUUGAUGACUGUUCUUUUCCUUUUCCCCGCUGGGCCCUAAUCUAUUAUUUACAUUUUUUUCCUCAUAUAGUUUUUAACUGAGAUAUAAUUCACAUACCAUAAAAUUCACCCUCUUUAUCCUAUUGAGGGGUUUCUUAGUAUAUUCACCAGGUUGUGUAGCCAUCACUUCUGUGCAAUUCCAGGAUAUUUUCAUCAUCCCAGCAAGAAACUUCAUACCCUUUAGCAGUCACUCCCUCUCCCCCACUCCUUCCAGGCCAUGGCAGCCACUAAUCUCUCUGUCUCUGGACUUGUCAAUUCUGGACAUUUCAUACACAUAUAUUCAUAUUAUAAAUAGCCUUUUGUGUCUGGAUUUUAUUUAGCCUAAUGUUUUCAAGGUUCAUCCUUGUUUUCAAGGUUCAUUCUGCACUGUCAGCACAGAGCCAGACUUGGGACUUGAUCUCAUGAGCUGCGAGAUCAUGAACUGAGCCAAAGUCAAGAGUCAGAUGCUCAACCGACAGAGCCAACCAUGCACCCCUACACAGUAUUACUUCUGAUUAAGGAACUCAUUUUACAACAGAUAAAACAUGACAAUGGGCCUAUACUUAUGGAGCUCACUGGUUUAACCAUGUUCCCCAUGAUCUUGAAGUAGCCGGCUGGGUAGAAUAGUGGAAUAACCUUUUGAAAACAGUUACAGUGCUAGGUAGAUAGCAACACCUUGCAGGGAUAGGGCAAUGCCCUCCCCACCCUCACCAAGGAUGUGGUAUGUGCUUUAGAUCAGUGUCCAAUAUGCUACUGUUUCUCCCAUAGCCACAAUUUGUGGGCCCAAGAAUUAAGGCAAGGAAGGGAUAGUGAUUUCUCUCACUAAUACCCCUACUGACCUACUAGCAAAAUUUUUGUUUUCCAUCCUUGUGACUUGAGGUUCUGGUGGUCUAAAAGACUUAGAUCCAAAGAGAGAAACCACCCAAGGGUGGGAAGAGUCCACCUAUGGACGACAGCUUGCGCCCAUGCCUGUGGAAUUCCUGCCCAUUUGUGAUCCUCCCUGCUUGGUUGAAUGGAAAACAGGUCUUCUUUAUAGACUUUGAACCUACUUAGUCAGCCCUCACCAUUGCAUAAGCAAAUUCCUUGUGAGAAAUCUAAAUCUGUCUUUAUGAUCCUGUUCCUGUAAACAACUUAUAGUACCAAAUUCUGAGUCAGAGUUCAACCAGAGGACCGGAACCAAUAGGAUAUAUAUAUGUAUAUAUUAGUGGACUUAUUACAAGAACUGGCUUACACGGCUGUAGGGGCAGGCUAAGCAGUCAGGAUAGGCAGUCAGGAUGGUGCCAUAUAGAAGGAAGGAGAGCAAUUGUAGGCGACUACUUGGGAGACCAGUUUGGGGAAGACCUAAGCCUUUUUCUUUUUCUUCUUCUUCUUCUUCUUCUUCUUCUUCUUCUUCUUCUUCUUCUUCUUCUCCUUCUCCUUCUCCUUCUCCUUCUCCUUCUCCUUCUCCUUCUCCUUCUCCUUCUCCUUCUCCUUCUCCUCCUUCUCCUUCUCAUCCAAGUUAGUUAACAUAUAGUGCAACAGUGAUUUCAGGGGUAUAUUCCUUAAUGCCCCUUACCCAUUUAGCCCAUCCCCCCUCCCACAACCCCUCCAGUAACCCUCUGUUUGUUCUCCAUAUUUAAGAGUCCCUUAUGUUUUUAUUCCCCUCCCUGUUUUUAUAUUAUUUUUGCUUCCCUUCCCUUGUGUUCAUCUGUUCUGUGUCUUAGAGCCCUCAUAUGACUGAAGUCAUAUGAUAUUUGUCUUUCUCUGACUGUCUAAUUUCGCUUAGCAUAAUACUCUCUAGUUCCAUCCACGUAGUUGCAAAUGGCAAGAUUUCAUUCUUUUUGAUUGCCGAGUAAUACUCCAUUGUGUAUAUAUACCACAUCUUCUUUAUCCAUUCAUCCAUCGAUGGACAUUUGGGCUCUUUCCAUACUUUGGCUAUUGUUGACAGUGCUGCUAUAAACAUGGGGAUGCAUGUGUCCCUUCGAAACAGCACGCCUGUAUCCCUUGGAUAAAUAUCUAGUAGUGCAAUUGCUGUGUCGUAGGGUAGUUCUAUUUUUAAUUUUUUGAGGAACCUCCAUACUGUUUUCCGGAGUGGCUGCACCAGCUUGCAUUGCCACCAACAAUGCAAAAGAGAUCCUCUUUCUCCACAUCCUCGCCAACAUCUGUUGUUGCCUGAGUUGUUAAUAAUGUUAGCCAUUCUGAUAGGUGUGAGGUGGUAUCUCAUUGUGGUUUUGAUUUAUAUUUCCCUGAGGAUGAGUGAUGUAGAGCAUUUUUCAUGUGUCACUUGGCCAUCUGGAUGUCUUCUUUGGAGAAGUGUCUAUGCAUAUCUUUUCCCCAUUUCUUCACUGGAUUGUUUUUUUGAGUGUUGAGUUUGAUAAAUUCUUUAUAGAUUUUGGAUACUAAGCCUUUCUCUGAUAUGUCAUUUGCAAAUAUCUUCUCCCAUUCCUUCAGUUGCCUUUUAGUUUUGCUGAUUGUUUCCUUCACUGUGCAGAAGCUUUUUAUUUUGAUGAGGUCCCAGUAGUUCAUUUUUGCUUUUGUUUCCCUUGUCUCCAGAGACGUGUUGAGUAAGAAGUUGCUGUGACCAAGAUCAAAGAGGUUUUUGCCUGCUUUCUCCUUGAGGAUUUUGAUGGUUUCCUGUCUUACAUUGAGGUCUUUCAUCCAUUUUGAGCUUAUUUUUGUGUAUGGUGUAAGAAAGUGGUCCAGGUUCAUUCUUCUGCAUGUCGCUGUCCACUUUUCCCAGCACCACUUGCUGAAGAGACUGUCUUUAUUCCAUUGGAUAUUCUUUCCUGCUUUGUCAAAGAUUAGUUGGCCAUAUGUUUAUGGGUCCAUUUCUGGGUUCUCUAUUCUGUUCCAUUGAUCUGACUGUCUGUUCUUGUGCCAGUACCAUACUGUCUUGAUGAUUACAGCUUUGUAAUACAGCUUAAAGUCUGGGAUUGUGAUGCCUCCAGCUUUGGUUUUCCUUUUCAAGAUUACUUUGGCUAUUUGGGGUCUUUUCUAGUUCCAUACAAAUUUUAGGAUUGUUUGUUCUAGCUCUGUGAAGAAUGCUGGUGUUAUUUUGAUAGGGAUUGCAUUGAAAAUGUAGAUUGCUUUGGGCAGUAUUGACAUUUUAACGAUAUUUGUUCUUCCUAUCCAGAGCGUGGAAUCUUUUUCUUUUGUGUGUGUGUGUGUCUUCAAUUUCUUUCAUAAGCUUUCUAUAGUUUUCAGUGUAUAGAUUUUUCACCUGUUUGGUUAGAUGUAUUCCUAGGUAUUUUAUGGGUUUUGGUGCAAUUGUAAAUGGGAUCGAUUCCUUGAUUUCUCUUUCUGUUGCUUCAUUGUUGGUAUAUAAGAAUGCAACCGAUUUCUGUGCAUUGAUUUUAUAUCCUGCAAUGUUGCUGGAUUCAUGAAUCAGUUCUAGCAGUUUUUUUGGUGGAAUCUUUUGGGCUUUCUUACCUAAGCUUUUUUCUAAAGGCCUUCCAACUGAUGAAGCCAGUUGCACGUAGGAUAACCCCUCAUUUGAUUAAAGAGAAUUUAUUAAGGACUUUAAUCAUGUCUGCAAAAAAACCUCGCAGCAGCAUCUAAAUCAGUGUUUGAAUAACUGAGGGAAGAUGUGUGUAUACAACAAAGUGACUCCAUUUCCCUUCAUCCUUUCACUCUGGACAGAAUAGCUCUUACAGCCCAUCCACCUGGACUCACAGUCAAAGGGAACUGUGAGGACUGUAGUUCAGCCUAGCCAAGUUGACACAUCGAAAAGCCAUCACUGGGCCAGGGCGGGGUUGGGGGGAGGCAGGUGGAUGGGGGGAUCGUAAUUUUCAUGUCUAAUGAGAAAGCUUGCAAAACAUUGCCAGGAAACUAAUUUUUUCUAAGACAAAGUGAAAUUAUGUCCACCUUAGAUGGUACUUUAGUAUAGAUUUUGGUAUAGAUUUGGGUAUUCAUCUUUAAGUGAAACAUUUCCACAUUCUGCAGACCAAAACCUGUAUCAAAUCUCCCCACCCUCUACAAGUCCCAGACACCACUCCCAGAUCUGUCAUCCUGUGCAGAAUACUUUUCUUUCUGCUUCAUUCAUUCACUCAGUGAAUGUUUACUGAGCCUCUACUAUGAGCCAGGAGCUGUGGCGGGUACUCUGGAUACAAGGAUGACAUACAGCAAGAUAGACAUGCUUUUUGCCCUUUGUGAUGAGUCCUGGGGACAAUAAUGUACAACCAUAGCAGGUACAACUGGACUCCCUCAGGUUCCUUCUCCUCCCUCUGAAAUGUUAGGUAUCUCCUGACUACAUUCUCUUUACCUUCCUUCCUUUCCCAUGAGUCACUCCUUACUCCUUUUCAGGUUAACCCAUCAUCUAUGAGCCUACCCCAUCCCCUCCUUUUUACUAAUUAGUUAAAAAAUAAAUUAUUUCAAUCAUUCAUUUAUUCAGUAAGUGUUGAGGUUCUAGUAUGUUACCAGAUACUUUGCUCAGUGCUAGAUAUUUAAAGUUAAAUAAGACAGAAAUUGUUAACUAGGAUGGAAGACAGACCAAGAAAACCAAACAAAACCAAAACAGAAUGACAGAAAAAUGUAAAGCAAAAAAUAAGAAAAAUCAUCCUAGAUAUUGAUGCCUGGUAGGAAGGGGAGAAUAGCAUGGUAGGUGACUCAGAGCAGUCAGAGAAGGCCUCUCUGUGAAGAGCGAUUUCACGCGAGAGACACAGGAUGAGAAAGAAGCAGCCGCGUGAAGAGCAGGUGAAUUGAGUGUUCUAGGCAGAGGGAACAUCACAUACAAACAUCCUAUGGCAAAUUAGAGCUUGACUUUUUGGUGAAACUGAGGGAAGACCAAUGCUGGAGAGCAGUGGGCAAAGAGGGUGUGACAAAGAGGGUGAUAUAAUGAAGACAGUUGACAUCUCUCAGGAAGGUGGGAGAAGGCAGGUGUGCUGGACUUUGCUCAGAGGCCUCUUGAUACGAGGACGAAUAUGUCACUUGUUCGGGGCCACGCCCCAAAGUCCGUGGUGGACAAGAGCUACUUGCAAUGGGUACAGAGGCCAGGCUGGAGCAGGUUCAAGUGUGAGUCUGAAGGCAGGAAUUAGACAGUGUAGGUGGGUGGCUUUUUCAACAAGUCAGACCAGGAGGAGGAAGAGGAGAAGGUGCAAGAGUGAAAAGUGAGGUGGGCUGAGUCCGGGUUUUCAAUGUGGUAAUUUAUUGGGGAAACGGUUGGUGAGUGCCUGGACCGUGCGAGGUGUAGCACAUUCGAUGAUGAGCAAGCUGUGGUGCCUGUCCUCAAACGAGUCAGGCAUCUCCCGAUUAUAAGUGCUCUCCUGCCCAUUUAAACCUGGUGCUGAGAUCCAGGAAGGAGAGAGAGGCCUCCCCCCUCGCCCCGCUGAAGCCCUUGGCCUUGUACAGCACAUCCCAGGUUCUGGAGGCAGACACACCAGCCUGCAAUCCUGGCUCUGCACUCUUACGUAGGCAACACUGCACAAGGUCCUAAUUGUGUGCCUCUAAACCUGGUUCUCCAGCUGAGAACUGCAAAGACUUUCUGUGGCUUAAGUCAAAUAAGGCAGGGACAGAAUAGAGCACAGUUUGGCAUUUGCAAACGAAGAAAAUGGCAGCUACCUUAUUAAUUAGUAUUCACCAGCCUCCCACACCCCAGCAGAGUUUGGAUUGUCACCAGCGUGCGCUUCAGUGAAGGCUUUUAUUAAGUUGUAAGUGUUUAUCUACAAUCUGACUUUCUAGAACAUUAGACAUCAUCAAAAGAAAAGUUAUGUAGAAAGUAGAAAGGGGGUGCCUGUGGCUCAGUCAGCCAAGCGUCUGACUCUUCAUUUCGGCUCAGGUCAUGAUUUCACGGUUCGUGAGUUUGAAGCCCACAUCGGGCUCUGUGCUGACAGUGCAGAGCCUGCUUGGGAUUUUCUCUCUCUCCCUCUCUCUUUGCCCCUCCCCUGCUUGUACGCACGCUCUCCCAAAAUAAACUUUUAAAAGUAAUUAUCUUACUAAAAAAAAGAAAGUAGAAUGAAAAUGUUUUAUGAACUGUAAACUACUGUUCAGAUAUGACUUAUGUUAGAGAGACUUGAAAUCUAUUAGGGGAACUGACAUAUUGAAGAAGCAGAGGGAAUGCGAUAAAGAGGCCAGGAGGUGUGAAUGAAGCUCUGUGAGAGCCCCAAACUCUGCCCCAGAAUGGAGUGAGUGGGCUACUGGAAUGGUUCUUCAAGAAAGUAGAAGUUUUAUCUGGAUCUGAGUUCAAGGACAGUAGGAAUAAAGAUGAGAGAAACUACUAUGAGAACCAUUCCUCACGUAGGACCAAAGGGACUGGUUAAAACUGUCACUGGGCACAGGGGUUGGUGUUUGGGAAGGCAAGACAUCAGUUGCCGGAACCCCUGGGAUUAGACGUCCCAAAGCCUAAUGGAAAGAGGCCACUGAGGGACAAGGUGCAGAGGCAGAAGAGGACACAGUGACUGGGCAGUGAACAGGUGGGGACACAGAGAGGCCUCAGCAUGAUAAGGAUAGGAAGUGGAGAGAGGUAUGAGAGGAGAUAUCAAAGGAGAGAUUCCAAUGUAGAACUUCCAGUAUAUUGGAGACCCCUUAUCAGUCAGGGGCCAGUCAGCAAACAGAAACCAGGCAGUAUUUUCAAGAGGAAGGUUUAUGGGUUUUGUUUUGUUUUGUUUUGUUUUAAUAUUUAUUUAAGGGGCAUCUGGGUGGCUUGGUCAGUUGAGCAUGCGACUUCAGGUCACGAUCUCAUGGUUUGUGGGCUCAAACCCCAUGUCAGGCUUUGCGCUGACUACACGGAGCCUGCUUUGGGUUCUCUGUCUCCCUCUCUCUAUGCCCUUCCUCUGUUCACACUCUCUGUCUCGCUCUUUCUCAAAAAUAAACAUUAAACUUUUAUUACAGUUUUAUUUAUUAUUAAGUAACCUCCACAGCCAAUAUGGCUCAAACUCACACUUCAAAAUCAAGAAUUACGCUUUUCCAACUGAGCCAGCCAGGUGCCCAGAAGGAGGGUUAACAUUAAGAAUUAUUAAAUAGUUACAGGAGUUGAGCUAUAAAGCGGUAAAAAUGAAGGAAGGAAUAAAUUAAGGAAAGGGCCUUCACAAGGCUGGGAUUAAGGUCUGUUAGGAAGUGUGUGGCGAUAGUCCAGGUCUAUAAUCUUGUCAAAGUUGACAAGAGAGCCUCCGCUGAGGUGACAACAAAACCUGCUAGAGGUUGAUGUUGUCACUGUGCCACCAAUUUGCUGACCUAUUUUGUUCCUGGGAGCUUUUGUGGAAGGCGUGAGAUAUGGCGGAGAAAAACUGCUUUGGAUGCAGGUCUCAGAUGGCAUGGACAGGAACUGGUUUUAACUGGAUUUGAAGGUUCUGCUGGGAAACCAACACAAGAUCAAGAUGGCAGUAGCUGGAGCAGGAUUCCACAAACCCAUCCUCCCAUGCCUGUGUCCCCUGUCCUCAGGGAUAGAGACCAUGAGGAAAAAAACCAAGGGGGACUGGAAGCUGAGGACAGAGAGGGAGACAGGACACAACUGGCAGGAGAGAAGGGUCUGGACACGGAAGAACCUGGAGAGAGAGCACCAGGGCAACCAGAGGGGAGUGGACAGGGCAGCAGAUCUGAUCUGGGAAGGGUGGGUGCAGGGCGUCUCCUCUGUGUGACACUGACAUGGUCUCCCCCACACCAACCACACGGGCACAGGCACGGCCUGCACCUGGGUGUCCGUCCAUCACCCCUGGGAACGAACAAACGAACAGUCCUUACAUCUAAGAAUAAAUAACACACUUUUCAACAAUCUCUUAAGCAUUUAUUAGACACCUGUCAGGUGCCCUCCAUCAGCCUCUGUGGACAGAGAACUCAAUGAUUCCCCGUCCCUGCCCUCAGAGGGCUCCCAGCCCCUCUCCUGAGUGCUGAGCAAAGAGGAAGCUCAGUACUUGCUAGGCAGGCCAGCAGGUCGAAAGUGGUUGGGGUCUUUGCCGCUCCGGCCCCAUUCAUUGGCGGCCUGGUCAGCCUUCGAGUCCUCUGCUCCGUGGCCGCUGCUUCCGUGUCUGAAAAAGUCUGUGAGUCUCUGAGAAUUCUCUCUGGCAUUGCUGGAAUGGAGGAAGGCAGGUAGGAGAUCAGUUAGGGAGCUGAUGAGGAAUAGCCCCUUCCCCCAUCUCUCUUCUUUGCAAGGGAGAGCUGCUGACAGGAGCCAAGGAAAGAGGGAAUAAAACACUGACCCCCCGGCCCAGAAACAGAGCAUCUCAGCCUAGGCUCAUCCCUUACUGGGUGAACAGCACCCAUAGGGGGAGGGUCGGGAAUCACCCAUUGCCACUGGCCUUGCUCUGACUCCAUCAGCCACUCACGCCAACACUGGGCGCAGAGGGGAGGGUGGGCAAGAGAAGGAGGAGCCACAGUGUCUACAGGAGACUUCUCCAGGGCUUGGCCCCUCCUGACUGUCCAAGGCAGCCAGGCUCAGCUCACCCAGCCCUGCAUCCCCAGGAGCCCAUAUUACCUGAUCACUUUGGCCGCCCAAGCACCCCCAGGUCCCCUCUGUGCGGCAUCAUAGUUCCCCCGGGCGUGGAAGUAUUUGUCUGCACCUUUGUAAUUGGCUUCUCUCAUGUCAGAGUAGGCUCUCCACAUGUCUUUAGUCCCUGGAAAGGAAAGCAAAUGAUGAGAUGAAGGUGAUCGUGUCUUGGCAAAAUAGAGGAAAAGACAUUUUCCUCCCACCGAUUCUAAGAUCUCAGUCUUUGACAAAAUCCUUGGAGAGGAUGUUGGCUGGGAUGAGUAUUCCUUUACAUUUCACUUCCCUGGGUGAAUGUUAUGAGAAGCACCCUUGGUGCAAGUUUUAUUCUGCUUGAUUCCAUUCUGAGUACUGUUGCUACUUUAUGUUUGGCUGUGGGAUGUGUGUGAACAAGAGGUGGGAUGGUCUUUAAGGGAUGCUUUGUCCUGCGAUGACCUCUACCUGGACAGACGCAGGGAACCCUCUGACUGGGGCGUGAGAACAAAGGCAAGUCAGAGGGAGGCUGCUGACCCAGAGGGCUCCCAACCAGGUCAAGGGGAGAAAUUCAUCCCUGUGAGCAGCUUGAAGACGACUUGGUCCUGAGUAUUUCUGAAAGUCUGGGGCAUGUUUGGCACCCAGGCAACUGUCAGAAGUCAACCAGCAGGUGGUAAAGGGGAGUUCCCCUAGAGAGAUUUACAAAAACAGGUCAUCAGAUGCAGAAAAAGUACAACUGGUCCCCCAGCUCUAAAGUCAGUGUCCUCCCAGUAAAUGCAGGAGUAUAUUGCCAUCCACAGGGUGGUUAUGCAGAUGUACUGAGAAAAAUGCACGUAUAACUUCUAGAAGAUUAUAGGUGUUCAAUAUGCUAUCACUUCUCUGGGCCUUCGGAAGGCUGGGACAAAAACAGUAAAGCGAUUAAGCUAAGAGGAAGAUCAGACAGUUACAGACUGAAGGAAUCUGAGCAGGCUACAUAAAAUGCAGACCCUGAAAAAGUAAUGUAUGGGGUGCCUGGGGGGCUCAGUCAGUUAAAUGUCCAACUUCAGCUCAGGUCACGAUCUCACGGUUCGUGAGUUUGAGCCCUGCAUCGGGCUCUGUGCUGACAGCUCAGAGCCUGGAACCUGCUUUGGAUUCUGUGUCUCCUCUGUUUCUGUUCUCCUCCCCUGCUCACACUCUGUCUCUCUCUCAAAAAUAAAUAAACAUU